AUGGACGGUGAAGAAGAUGAAGAAAUAGCUGAAGAAGUUGAAGCCAUGAAAUCUGUUUAUGAAAACGAUUGUAUCAUUCUCCAUUCCGUUCCUCCUCACUUCCAUUUGUCCCUCAAACCCAGAACCGCUGAUGUUUCCUCUCACCAGUUUGUAGAAAUUGUUCUUGAGGUACAUGCAACUCCACAGUAUCCAAAAGAACCACCUUCUGUUGCUCUUGUGGAUUGUAAGGGUUUGGAUCAACAAAGACAAAAGCAUUUAUUGAACCAUAUACAAACUAAAGCCAAUGAGCUUUCCCCUGGAUUAAUGCUUGUAGCACUUUGUGAGGAAGCUGUAGAGAAACUUUCAGAUAUGAAUCAUCCUGACGGUGAUUGUCCAUUGUGUUUAUUCCCCUUGGUCACAGAAGAUCACCAAAGUGAAACCUUGCCUUUUAUGAAGUUAAUGUCUUGCUUUCACUGUUUUCACAGUGAAUGUAUCAUUAGAUGGUGGAAUUGGCUUGAGAGUUCUAAACAAACAGGGUUUUCCAAUUCAGAUAAUGCAACAGCUCAUCGUACCCGGGAUAAUAACGAAAAAUUGGAAGAGGGUGCUGGAAACUGCCCUGUCUGUCGCAAACCUUUUCAUGCCAAAGAUUUGGACCAUGUACUUGACCUAGUUGGCUCACAUUCUUCCAGAGAGAGUUUGAAUAAUGAAGUCGAUAAUGAAGAAGACAUCCUUCAAUCUGAGGAUGAGAUAAUCCGAAAACAGAGGUUUGAUGCCAUCUUAAGUUUACAGAAGGAGAACAACGGUUUGAUUGAACCCAAAAAAGAUAUUGUGAUAUUGCCUGGUAUGUAUCUUCAACAACCAGUUGCAGUGCCCGACUCCACGUCAACCAAGGAACCUAAUGAGACUGAACAACAACAUGAAAGUGAUCUACCUGCAGUUGGGUCUGGAAAACAUAUUCGUGGGACCUCAAAUGGACCUAGUUCUAGUGGGAACAGGAAUUUUGGUGCAAGGAGACAUAGACCAAGAGGUGAUCAUCAUCACUCUAGUUCAACUGCAAGACCAAGAGAUGAUCAGAAUCAUUCUAGUUCGACUGCAAGACCAAGAGGUGAUCAUCAUCACUCUAGUUCAACUGUAAGACCAAGAGAUGAUCAGAAUCACUCUAGUUCGACUGCAAGACCAAGAGGUGAUCAUCAUCACUCUAGUUCAACUGUAAGGCCGAGAGAUGAUCAGAAUCACUCUAGUUCGACUGCAAGACCAAGAGGUGAUCAUCAUCAUUCUAGUUCGACUGCAAGACAUCCAAGAAAACCAGCCCAACAAUGGGUUAGAAGAGAUGCUCCUAGCAAUAAGCAAUAG